AGCCAGACAGUGUUGCUCAACUAUUAUGGGUAUUACGGCUUCUUCGAGGAGGUUCUGUACGUGGCAGCGACCUUCUCUCGCACCCCCUCGUCUGCCCUCUUUAUCCCGAGGUGCGGAACUAUUCACGUUUCACAUUGUGACAUCCGUUUUCGAACCUCAAGAGACGAAGGUUACUGAAUGAGACAAAAUGAGGUUGUGCCUGUGCCUUGUCUCCUGGGUUCUGCUAUGCUGCGGCUCGAUCACGCAAGCGGAGAUCUUCACUUCUAUAGGCCAGAUGACGGACCUCCUGUACACAGAGAAAGAGCUGGUCCACUCCCUCAGAGAGUACAUCAAAGCAGAGGAGUCAAAGUUGUCUGAAAUCAAAAGCUGGGCCAGGAGGCUGGACGACCUGACCAGAGUGUCCACAUCCGAUCCAGAAGGCUAUCUGGCUCACCCGGUGAAUGCCUACAAGCUCAUGAAGAGACUCAACACCGAGUGGUCUCAUCUGGAGAGCCUGGUGCUGCACAACCCGUCGGAUGGCUUCAUUUCCAACAUGACCAUGCACAGGCAGUACUUUCCCGACGAGGAAGACGAGAAGGGUGCAGCCAAGGCACUGAUGCGUCUCCAGGACACUUAUCAUCUUGAUUCAGAGGACUUUUCCAAAGGGAGGCUUCCGGGUAUGCACUCCAGCGCCAUGCUGACCGUGGACGAUUGCUUUGACAUGGGCAAAACCGCUUACAACGAGGCCGACUAUUACCACGCGGUGCUGUGGGUGCAACAGGCCUUGAAGCAGCUGGACGCUGGCGAGGAAGCUGUGGUUUCCAAGGCAGCCGUUUUGGACUACCUCAGCUAUUCUGUCUACCAAAUGGGAGACCUGCCUCGAGCCAUCGAGCUGACGCGUCGGCUGGUGGCCAUUGAGCCGAGCCACCAGAGGGCAGGAGGCAACUUACGUUAUUUUGAGAAGCUGCUUCUCAAAGCGCAGUAUGAGCAGCAGGAAGACGAGCGGACCGAACAUCCGGAUUCGGAGGAGCCCAUCCAGCUGGGAACUUACGUCAGACCCAAAGACCACCUGCCCGAGAGAGAUGUCUAUGAAGCGCUCUGCAGAGGGGAGGGGGGCGGAAUGACCGAAAAAAGGCGCAGCCGUUUGUUCUGCCGCUACCAGGAUGGAAGCAGGAAUCCUCGCCUGCUGCUGAAACCCAUGAAGGAGGAGGACGAAUGGGACAGCCCACGCAUUGUACGCUACCUGGAAGCCCUUUCUGACUACGAGAUUGAGAAGAUUAAAGAGAUGGCCAAACCCAGGCUUGCCAGAGCUACAGUCCGAGACCCCAAAACCGGAGUGUUGACCACAGCCAACUACCGAGUAUCAAAAAGUGCCUGGUUAGAAGAAGAAGAUGGUCCGGUCGUUGCCCGAGUCAAUCAGAGAAUACAGGACAUCACAGGCCUAACGGUAGACACAGCAGAGUUAUUACAGGUUGCAAACUAUGGCGUCGGAGGACAGUACGAGCCACAUUUUGACUUCUCCAGGCGUCCUUUUGACAGCAACCUCAAGGUCGAUGGAAAUAGGCUUGCCACCUUCCUUAAUUACAAAGAUGAGCCAGAUGCUUUCAAAAGAUUAGGCACUGGAAAUCGUGUGGCAACUUUUUUGAACUAUAUGAGUGAUGUCGAAGCAGGAGGUGCCACAGUCUUCCCUGACUUUGGGGCUGUAAUCCAGCCCAAAAAGGGAACAGCCGUGUUCUGGUAUAACCUUUUCAAAAGUGGGGAAGGAGACUACAGGACCAGACAUGCAGCCUGUCCUGUCUUAGUGGGAAGUAAAUGGGUGUCCAACAAGUGGAUUCAUGAGCGAGGUCAAGAAUUCCUGAGACCCUGUGGCCUAACAGAAGUGGAUUGAACAUUGACCCCCUUACUCCUUCCUGUAUUGUGCAAACACAUGAAAAAACAAAAAAACACACGCGUACAUACAUGUGACAUAAAAUACCGAACCAUUAGCAAUACAUCGUACAUUGUUCUGAUCUUCUUGUCAGCUUCAACUAAUGCUUUUUCAUGAGGAAAUGUAAACAUAAGGAGCUGGACAGUUUCUGCUCUCUGUUAAGAAUCACAUGAAUGAUCACACCCAAAAGCGAAAGUCAGUUUAGUGAAAAAUAAUAGAUUUUACAAAUGCAAAUGUUGAAACCGUAAAUGCUCGCAGUUACUUUAUACACACAUAUCCAAAACCGUAUGGAUUUGUCGUCACUGAUUGCUACUUCUCAGCCCUACUGUUGAGUUCAACGUUAUUUUAACGGUGUUGAACUUAUGUGAACACACUUCACAUCGUUGAACACGACUGUAGCAAUUUUGCCGUCAGGACUGCCAGUCAACUAACACAUUAGGGCGUGGAUUU